CACAUCAUGUUUUCAUUUUCUCGCAAUUUUGGUUUGUUUUGAUUUGCGUUGAAUAAAAGGAAUUCAAAAUGUCAGAAACAAUGGCCGAGGAAAAGCCCAAAGAUAAAUCUAGGGGAAACCGGCGAAAGGACAAGAAGGACAAGACCACCCAGAUAAUCAAGAUAGUGAUGCGGCAUUUACCGCCCACCAUGACAGAAAAGGACUUCCUGGACCAGGUGGGUCCUUUACCGGAGAACGACUCCUACUACUACUGCCCGGCGGACUGGUCCCUGGGCCAGGAAGCUACCUGCCGCGCCUACAUCGACAUGUCCCUGAAGGACAUCGCCGAUGUCCUGCAGUUCCGGGAUCGAUUUGACGGCUACGUGUUCGUGGACACCAAGGGUGUCGAGUACGUGGCCAUCGUGGAGUACGCCCCCUUCCAGUGCUUCCUUAAGAAUAAAGCCAGGAACGACGACAGCAAGGUGAACACCAUAGAGAGCGAGUCCCACUACCAGGAGUUUAUCCAGCGGCUGGCGGACGAGCGGGAGGAGGCAAGUCGCAUGAGCGACGUCAAGAUCGACUUUUCCUUUGACCGGCGAGCGGACGAGAAGGUCAAAUCAACACCCCUACUACAGUACCUGGCCAACAAGAAGGAGAAACGCCGGGAGGAGGCUCGCAAGAGGAACGAGGAGAAGCGCAAGCAGCGUGAGGAGCAGAAACAGGUGCGUCUUGCAGAGCAAUCAGACGCCACCAAGUCCAAGGAAACUGGAGGCGCUGGAGGUGACAACAAGAAGCCUGCCGGCAACAAUGCCAAGAGGGAUGGCAAGGAUAACGCGGCAUCCGCAGCUCAAGGCAACGAAGCUGCCAAGACCUCGCGCUCCAAGCGGCGCACGGAGCGAGAUCAGCGCCGGCGGGAGGAGCACGAGCAGCGAAAGCUGGCCCAGCGGGAUAAGAAAAAACCAGAAGGCCAGACUAAAACCGAAAAAGACAAACCAUCCGGCGGGAAGCAGAACAAAAACACAAAGUCUAAAGAUUUUUCAAAGGCAGACAAGGACAUCGUCAUUCUUAAAAAGGACAGCAAACCUGAGGCAAAUGAUAGUGCGGAAUUACCCACUACUUCAAAGGCUGCCCUUGCAGAAGAUUUCAAGGAAAAAACGAAGGCUGAAAACAGUGAGGUUCCAGAAGCUGUCAAGAAAUUUAUUCACUGUGCCGGUGGAGGUCAGAAGGAUAGGGAAACUCUCGCAGAAGCACAAGGUGCAGUUACCUUCCAAGAAACCACUGCUGAGGAAGCCAUUAAGGCUGCACGAUUCCGAGAUUCAGAGGAGCGACGCAUUCGUAAUAAGGAUCGUCCCUCGAUUGCAAUUUACCAACCCAAGGCUCGUAUUCGCAUAGGAUCGGAUGAUUUGCCACAAGGUACAGGUAAAGACGGUUCGGAUGGGGAGGCUUCUAUAGUGGAGGAAAAGUCCGCUAAGAAGAGCAAACGUUCUAACCGGCGCAACAAAUCGAAGCCCAAGGAAGUUAAAGAGAGACAGGAGGAAGCUCGACGCGUUUCCAAAUCCUCAGAGAGCAGCAACAACUCCAACUCCACCAACGUGGUCAAGUAGCGAUAACGGACUUUAUUGUUAAAUAAACGUUACACAUUUGCACGGGGCUGUACGGUCAGUAGAACUCGUCCUCCAUGUCCAUCUGUGUACACGAUUUUUGAUUA